CAGUAGGUCGGGUGGAGCGCAGUGGGGGCAGAGGGGCUCGCCCCGGGCAGAGUAGAGUGCAGACCCCCAGCAAGAAGCUUUAGAGAGUGCCCACAUCAGCAAACAGCUCACCAGAUGCCUGACUUGUUGCCAGAGCCGGGCUGGGUGUUUCAGGAGAGCCCAGCACCCUUGGAGCUCCCUGUCACACCCCACCAGAAGGCCGGGCUGGGCAGCUUUGCUCUGGGAGCUGUAACUGUGUCAGCAGCACCUCUCCUUGCUGCCCAAAUGGCAGCUGAACCCUUCUAACAGUCUGACCCAGUUACCUUUUGAAACAGAAGGUGAUAAAGGGUGCAGUUUGUUCAGCACACUGAGCUCCAGCUCUAGGGUGGCCCAAGCAGCGUCUGGAGCAAUUUCUUUCACUGUUUUCAUAGAAAUAUUUUAAUGUACCCGAUUUAAAAGCAAAUAAAUUGUCUUCACCACAAGCUGCAGUCCUCCUUCUGGCCAUUUUCACAUUUAUCCUUAUAUUGUGUGGCUCAGAAAUCCACCCAGAUCCUAGAACAGCAUUAAUCUUCUAAGACUGAUGCUGAGAUGGACAGAAUACCUGCCAGCAUUAUUCCUCUCUGCAGGGAUCAGGCUUUGAACCUGCUCAGAACAACCCUUUAGACAACUCAGCCUUCUGCAGUUAUGUUGAUGGGAACAUUAAAAUCUCUGUCAAAGGAUGAUGCUGCAGUCCUGCAGAUUUCAGCUGAUUGGGUUUGUGUUGAGUGUGUUGGGUUUUUAACAGAUUAUGAAGCAAGAAACCCGAGUUUAAAACUCGUUUAAAAGAUAAGUAAGCUCACUUCUCCUUCCACCCAUGUCUUCCUUCAGGCUUUGUUGCUGCUUUCUGAUAAAAGCUGCAGAAAGAGGAGUUGUGUGUGUGUCCAGUUCUCUGAACAUGUCCAAGAAGGAUCCGUGCCAGAAACAAGCCUGUGAAAUACAGAAAUGCUUGCAAGCGAACAACUACCUGGAGUCCAGGUGUGAAACUGUGCUUCAGGAAAUGCGGAAGUGCUGCGCCCGGUACAGCCAGGGCAGGUCCGUCUGUUGUUCAGGGUUUGAGAGAGAAGAAAGGGAGAGACAGAAGCUUAAGGUGACUUCAGAAGGAAUUCCCCCACCACCUCAGUAACACAAUGCAGCUCCAGCGGGUGCUGGAGCAUGGACUCACCUGCAGAGCUCGUCUGUGUUUUUUCAAGCCUUCUUUAGACUUUCAGGAGAGCCAGACUGCUCCUAGAACACACUGUUCGGCACACCAAAAAGUAUAACAGUACCAACAGAUGGCCUGGUUAACAAACUGUACCUUCUAUACGAAAACAUCAUCUAUGUUGCCUCUGCAUCACACCUGUGAAAAGUCAACUCAGUGUUUUUAGAAUGCUUACCUUACUCUGAUCCAUCCUUGCUCUUAAAAUGGAGAAUUGGAACCAAGUUAUUCUGGCUCCUGGAGCGAGAGGUACAGGAAAUGAGCUCAGAAGAGUGAGUUUAAAUGUGACACAUGAAACAAGCCCAUCUUCACACAACAAAGGUAUUGCUGCCAUCAUGCAGUAGUUCCAGACAACGUUUGCCUGUCCAGUGGUUUAAGCUCAAGAGUGGGAAUCAGGUCUGAUGAUUGUUCCUAAGUCUUGCAUAGAUCAUGAGUGACUACAAGUCACUUUGCCUAAGUGCCUCCCUUUGCCACUGGGCAGACCUGUUUAUUUUAUAUUUGAAUUGCCUACACGCUGCUAUUUGCAUGACAAAGAUGUUACAGGAACAUUAUUUCAGGGAUUGCUACAGGGAUAGGAUAUUUUUUUAAAAAAGCAAUAUUCAUUUGAAAGAUCUGACUGUUGAUACAAAAUUUAUAAAUUAUGUCUAAUUGAACACCUUUUAAGCAAUAUGUUAUGAACCCAGUCUAGUUCAACCUGCUGAAACCCAAAGGCCUGUCACAGAGCCCUGGGCUAGAUCCAAGAACUGACUUAGGCGCUGCUUACUGAACAAGCAGUUGUAGGCACUGGUUUUCCACACAGCAUUCCAGACUCACCCCCAAUCCGGCUGUGUCUGGACCCCAGGAGAGAUGGCUUUUCCAGAAGCUCUCACCCAUGCAGCAGAAUUUCCUGUGACCUGUAGGAAGAGCUCAGUAGACAGGUUCCUGCACCGCCCUUCAGAGCUGUCUCGCUGUCCCCUGUAGCAGGAGUCCAGGCACCUCAAUAUCAGGCUCCACACCCACUAGGCCCUAACUCUGUCAUUAGAUCUAGCCGUCAAGGACUUUGUGCUGUGAGCAAGUACAACUUACUUAUGAAAUACAGCUUCUAUAAACAGACCACUGAGGUCUAGGCACAAUAGUUGUGUGUAUUGAAGCCUAGAAGAGCAAACCAUCUGUAUUCACUGACUCUGAAAUACCAUGAUACAAAAUAAACGACUGGAACAAA